AUGUCUUUGGAAUCUCGCUACAAGCCCUUUUUGUCGUCGCGGGUCGAAGCCCGCAAGUUCAAGCAGUUCUGGAACAAUGAUGUCCCUUCCCACCUCAACCCACAUCCUCACCCGAUCAACCUGGGCGGUGGGUUGCCGCACGAGGGACUUUUCCCUAUCGAGUCCAUGCACUUGAACGUCCUCGAUCGUCCGUUCGAGUAUCGAGACUACCGGUUCAGAUCCUCCAAACUCCACGUGGAAGAGCACGACGGUAGCGUCGCCCCUGGACCCGGCCCAGCCGCCACCAACGAACGGGAACUGGUUUCUCAAAAAUUCGCAGACGGCUCCAUGGUCGACAUCUGGCGCUACGAACCCGAAAACCCAAACAAUGCGCCCAUCUUCAGCGGGUUUCAGUACAGUGAGACUCGCGGCAUGCCACAGCUGGUUGAAUUUUGCCGCAACUUCAUCUCCUACGUGAACCCGCCAGCUUAUCCGGACUGGGACCUCACGUUUGCCGACGGAACUGCUGAUUCCCUGUUCAAGAUCUUCGAAACCCUGGCCGAAAGCGGCGUGGCCGUGCUCGUGGAAGAAUUUACGUUUACGCCAACCGUGUUUAACAUCGAAGCUACCGGUGCAACUGCGAUACCCAUUAAGGUCGACGUGUGUGCAGAUCCUCAAGGCCAGGGCAUUAAUGUUGAGUUUUUGACUGAUUUACUGGAAAAUUGGUCUCAGAGCAAAUACGCCCACUUAUCCAAGCCGCGCUUACUUUACACCAUCCCCACGGGACAAAACCCCACUGGUAUGACGCUUUCUUUGCACAAGCGAAAACAGAUAUACGCUUUGGCCGAGAAACACGACUUUAUCAUAGUGGAAGAUGAUCCCUACGGAUAUUUGAGAUUUCCUUAUUACGAUCCGGAAAACCCAACCUUUAACCCUUACGAAGCUCACCAAUACACUAUUGAUAAAUACGUCUCUGAAGUUUUGGCAAAAUCUUUCUUAACAAUCGAUACAUCCGGUCGUGUGCUCAGAUGUGAGACAUUCUCCAAAGUGUUCUUCCCUGGUUUACGUCUCAGUUUCAUUGUGGGUAAUAAGUACCUGAUUUCCAAAAUUCUUGAAUUUGCAGAGGUCUCUACCCGAGCACCAAGCGGCGUUUCCCAAAUUGUGGUCAACAAUGUCAUACAAAAAUGGGCGCCAAAUUUUGAAACCCCACAAAAAGCUUGGUUGUCGUGGGUAAUGAAAGUUGCUGGACAAUACAAUCAUCGCAGAAAUGUUUUGUUUCAAGCUUUAAACGCAACGGAAGCCUUUAAACAAGGCCUUUUCACACUUAUACCUAUAACAUCUGGUAUGUUUGCCUGUCUGGAAAUAAAAUUCGAAAAAUUCCCGAACAUCAAAAAUUGCGCAGAGGGGAUGCAAGCGUUGGGCGACAAACUAAUCGAAGAGGGGGUCAACGUCGUGCAAGGUAUAAACAUGGCUGUUUGCACAAAGUUUUCGCUAGAGAGAUCUUACUUUCUAAGAGUCACUUUUGCGUAUGCUUCUAAUGACAAACAGCUGCGAGAAGCUGCCAAAAGAUUGGGCAAGAGUGUUCAAAGGCUUUUGGCAGAGUAUAAAAGUGAGGUUUAA